AUGGGGCACAAACACCACAUCGGCCCUUCAACCUCCCGUCUGAAAUGGUCUAAUGCUACGCCUCCCGUCCUGACAGUAUCGCCUGGCGAAAUCGUAACGUUCGACCUCCAGGAUUCCUCAGGAGCCCAAGUCACUCCUUCAUCCACAUCGUCCGACCUCUCCGCUCUGCAGGUGUCAACCUUCGACCCAAUCUUCGGACCAGUGUACAUCGACGGCGCAAACCCAGGCGAUGUCCUCGAGAUCGAAAUCCUGAGCCUGGAAACGGCCGGAUGGGGCUUCACCGGCAUCUUUCCCGACUUCGGCGUCUUGGCCUCCGACUUCCCGGGCUUGCAUAUGCUGAAGCACUACACAUGGUCGAACACCGACAAGUUCAUCACCUUCAAGCCCGGCAUCAAGGUUCCUCUCCGCCCCUUCCUCGGCGUAGCCGGCAUCGCGCCCGGCGAGCCCGGCGAAUUCUCCACAAUCCCGCCCCUCGAGACCGGCGGCAAUAUCGACUGCAAACACAUCACCCAAGGCACGAAACUGUACCUCCCAGUCAAGGUUCCCGGCGCCCUCUUCAGCUGCGGCGACGGGCAUGCGGCGCAGGGCGACGGCGAGGUCUGUGGCACGGCGAUUGAGACGCCGAUGAAGGCUGCGCUGCGGUUCAACGUCCGGAAGGACAUGCCGUACGUGACGAGCCCGCACUACGACACCCGAGGGUCGGUGCACGCAGCAGAACAGGCUGACCCUGCCGUUUAUGCUGUGUUGGGAAUCGACUCGGACUUGCUGGAGGCCAGCAGGAAAGCCUUGCGUUCUCUCAUCGACCAUCUGGUGGCUACAAGAGACUUGACGCGGGAGGAGGCCUACAUGCUCUGCAGUAUCGCCGCGGAUUUGAAGAUUGCGGAGAUUGUUGACAUGCCGAACUUUGCAGUGUCUGCUAGCAUUCCGUAUUCGGUCUUUCAAUGA